UUCAUAGUUCACACAGACAUGGUGUCAUUGCAAAAGUUCUGUAAAGAAAAGAUGGAGCUGUCUAAAAGGGUUCCUCUGAUGUUAUUGUUUGGAUGGUUUCUUUUCGCUCUUCAUGCUGGUUCAAUUUCAGCAGAGAGGUCUACUUACAUAGUCCACAUGGACACAACUUUCAUGCCCAAAGCUUUAGCUAGCCACCACCACUGGUACUCCUCCAUUGUUGAUUCCAUUAAACCUAUCGGAUCAACAUCAUCAUCAGAUGGCCAUCAUUCCAAACCAAUUCUUCUCUACACAUACAGCAAUGCAGUUCAUGGUUUCAGUGCAGUCCUUUCUCAAGAUGAACUCCAGGCUGUGAAGAGGUCUCCAGGGUUUCUCUCAGCUUACAGUGAUAGCCUUGCCACUCUUGACACAACCCACACCUUUGAAUUCCUCUCCCUCAGUUCUACCACAGGGCUAUGGCCGGCUUCAAAGUAUGGCAAAGAUGUUAUAGUGGGUGUUAUUGACACCGGCGUCUGGCCAGAAAGUCCAAGCUUUCGAGACGAUGGAAUGACAAAAAUUCCAUUAAAAUGGAAGGGGACAUGCGAGGUUGGACAAGAGUUCAAUUCUUCGUUGUGUAACUCAAAGCUCAUUGGAGCUAGAUCCUUCAGCAAGGGAGUUAUAGCUGCGAAUCCUAAUCUCGGCUUUCUGACUAUGAAUUCCACAAGGGAUACAUUUGGUCACGGCACGCACACAUCAUCCACAGUUGCUGGAAAUUAUGUUGAAGGUGCCUCAUUUUUUGGCUAUGCUUUGGGGACAGCAAGAGGGGUUGCCCCACGUGCUAGGCUAGCCAUUUAUAAGGUCAUCUGGGACGAAGGGCGCUAUGCUUCUGACGUUCUUGCUGGUAUUGAUCAGGCUGUUGCUGAUGGUGUCGAUAUAAUAUCGAUAUCUAUGGGUUUUAGUUUCGAUCCUUUGUAUAGGGAUCCUAUUGCGAUAGCUUCAUUUGGUGCCAUGGAGAGAGGUGUGUUGGUUUCUUCUUCAGCAGGAAAUGCAGGCUUACGUAGGAGAUUGCACAAUGGAAUUCCAUGGAUCUUGACGGUCGCGGCAGGCUCAAUAGAUCGUUGGUUUGCCGGGAUAUUGACUUUGGGGAAUGGAUUAACAGUCACUGGCUGGUCCAUGUUCCCCGCAAGAGCUGUUGUGGAAAAUGCACAGCUCGUUUACAACAAAACCAUAUCUGCUUGUAAUUCAACUCAGCAACUAUCGAUAGGAGCGUCAUAUGAAAUCAUCGUAUGCGAUGACACUUGGCCAUUCAACGAACAAAUAACCAAUAUUGCCGCUUCAAGUUUUCGUGCAGGUAUCUUCAUAUCUGACAAUCCAAGAAUUUUUGAGUCUGAGUCUUUUAUUUAUCCUGGAGUUGUGAUUAGCUCGACGGACGCACGAGAGGUGAUCAAUUAUGCUUUAACUGCUGGUAUUGAAGCUACGGCCAGCAUUGAGUUCCAACAGACCUUUGUUGGUACAAAUACUGCACCUGUUGUAUCUUCUUACACUGCAAGAGGUCCUUCACCAAAGUGUCCGGGCGUCCUGAAGCCUGAUGUAAUGGCACCAGGGACAUUGGUCUUAGCCGCUUGGGUCCCAAAUCGUUAUGCAGCUCGAAUUGGUUCAAAUAUGUUCUUGGCCAGUGAUUUCAAUGCCAUCUCAGGUACGUCCAUGGCUUGUCCUCAUGCUGCUGGCAUUGCCGCACUCCUUAAAGGUGCACACCCAGAAUGGAGUCCUGCAGCUAUUCGGUCUGCAAUGAUGACCACAGCAAAUCCAUUUGAUAAUACACAAAAUCCUAUCAAAGACAACGCCCUAGAUUUCAAAAUCGCUACGCCUCUAGCCAUGGGAGCUGGUCAAGUUGAUCCAAACCGCGCACUUGAUCCAGGUCUCAUAUAUGAUGUUACUCCACAAGACUAUGUUAAUCUCCUCUGCUCCAUGAAUUUCCCUCGGAAUCAAAUCUUAACCAUCACAAGAUCAAGCAAAAAUCCUUGCUUGACCUCGUCUUCUGAUCUGAAUUACCCAUCAUUUAUCGCUUUGUAUACUCACGGAGCCAUGGGCAUAUUAGUUCAGAAAUUUCAGAGGACUGUUACAAAUGUAGGGAAGGGUCCAACAACCUAUAAGGCCGAGGUGAUGGCACCAAAGGGCUCUGUAGUCACAGUAUCACCAGACAAACUGGUGUUUGGGCAAAUGUAUGAAAAGCAGAGCUACACUUUGACUAUCAAUUAUUCAGGUGACGAGAAUGAACCUGUUACAUUUGGUUCUAUAAUUUGGGUUGAAGAUAAUGGUAAGCACAGAGUGAGGAGUCCUAUAGUGGUUUCGCCUACGGUAGAACUUUGGUGAUUGUUCUUUGGGUGCAUGGUGGGUUAUCUUGGAUGGAUUGUCUGACCACAAAACAUCCAGAACAAGAAAACAUCCAUGAACUCCACAAUAAAAUGUUUAAGCUGGUCAAGUUUGCAAAUGUAUUCUGAGGUUAUUAUCCACAGCUUACUUUCCUAGCAAUAAAAGAAGGGACAAUGCUACG